UGUGCCGUUGUGAGACCUUCAGAUAAAAAAUGUCAAAAUAGCGUAAAGCCCUCUCAUUGAUUUUUCUGAUUCGCAGCUAAGGAGAAAGAAAGAAGUCGGGAAACGGCAAUGGCGGCGGUGGGAGCAAGAGGAAGUGGGUUGGUCCUGCCAAAGCCGGUGACUUUUGUGACUGGCAACGCUAAGAAGCUCGAAGAAGUUCGUGCCAUCUUGGGCACCUCCAUUCCCUUCAACUCUCUCAAGCUUGACUUGCCGGAAUUGCAAGGCGAACCAGAGGACAUAUCCAAGGAAAAGGCUCGGUUGGCUGCCAUUCAGGUAAAUGGUCCUGUGCUCGUGGAAGACACUUGCCUCUGCUUCAAUGCCCUCAAGGGUCUACCUGGACCUUACAUUAAGUGGUUCCUGCAGAAGCUUGGACAUGAAGGUCUCAACAAUUUGUUGAUGGCAUAUGAGGAUAAAUCAGCCUAUGCAUUGUGUUCCUUCUCCUUUACCACUGGGCCCAGUGUUGAGCCUAUCACAUUUCUGGGUAAAACUCCGGGGAGAAUAGUUCCGGCAAGGGGACCAACUGAUUUCGGAUGGGAUCCAGUCUUCCAACCUGAUGGUUACGAGCAGACUUAUGCCGAGAUGCCGAAGGAAGAAAAGAACAAGAUUUCUCAUCGCUUUAGAGCUCUUGCACUGGUGAAGUCUCACUUUGCUGAAGCUAGGUACACUUUCGAGGCAAACUCUGUGCAAGAGUGAACACUUCCUUCACUUGUUACCUCUACGGAGGAACAUAAGCGAUGAUAGUGAGGAAUAGCUUUUUUAAAUACGGUUUUUGAGUGGAAGCAAAACAUGCUAUGAACUUUUGCAACGGUGAUUACACUCAUUCAUACAACUAUUAUGACCUAGAUAUAGAAAAAGAAUAACUCCAUAUAUUACUAUGGUGAUUUUAUAUGGUUCUAUUCUGCUCCAUAUGUGUCGAUUGAAAGCAUUACCGAUUGAUCAUCGUAAUAUCUGUUCA